GCGGCCAUGAGGCAUGCUGGGAAGUGUAGUUCCGGCAGGGGGCGGGGCGUAGGGGGCAGUGUGGCGGCGGCCCGGAAGGCUGGAGGGACACGUCAGGGUGUGCGCAGGAUGGCCCGGGAGCGCAGGCGGAAAGCUCCCGAAGGGGGCCGGCCUCAGGACAGGGGGCCCCGGGCUCCAGGGAAGAGGGAGCGGCCCGGGGCCAGGCUGGGGCUGGGGCAGGUGUGUGCGCUCCUGGCGCUGGCCUCCGGCACGCUGGGCUGCGCGGCCUUUGCCUACAGCCUCUACGCCCGCUGGUGGCUGAAGAGCCGGGUGGUCACGCUGCACCCGGCGCCCCGCAUCCUGGAGCCCAACAGCAGCAGCCCUGCCACCGCCCCCCACCUCUUCUGGGGCUCCUACCGCCCCCAGGUCUACCUCGGGAUGAAGACGCGCAGCCCCCAGUCGCUGGUCACAGGCCUGAUGUGGAUGCACCAGCUGGAAGGGGACAUCCGGCUGCGCCACACGUGCGAGCAGAGCGACGGCCUCCCCCGCUACGGCUGGCUGCUUCACGACGGGGUCCACUUUGGGGUGCAGGAGAUCCGCGACGUGGGCCUCAGCCUGCAGACGGAGUUUGUGAAGCGGCCCGGCGGCCGGCACGGUGGAGACUGGAGCUGGAGGGUCACCGCGAGGCCCGAGGGGGCCCCGGUGCCUUUCGUCUCCCUCCUGUUCUAUGUGGCCACGGAUGGCCAGGGGGCCCUGCAGCCUCGGGUGGAGGAGAAGAGCCGCUUGGCCUCUCUGGCAGGCACCACGGAGGAGCUGGGUCACUUCACCAUCACCUUCCAGCGGCCCACCACUGAGACUGGCACAGCUCCGCUCUAUGCCAGUUACAACUACCUGCAGGCUACAGCCGAGGGGCUGCACCGCCUGAGCGAAGUGGUGAAAGCCAGCCUGAGCCCGCGGUUUGUCUAUGCCCCGCCAGGGGGCCCCAAGCGCCGCUACUUUGGGGUGGACGCCCAGCGAGGGGGGCCCGGAGAGAGGGAGCCCCCCCGCAGCCAGCUCCUGGUGCACCAGGUGACCGUGGCGCUGCCCUGCCGCCUGGAGGUGGCCUUUGAGUCGGGCAGCGUCGGGCAGCGCCCUGCGGGGCGGCUGCUGGGGGAGGCCCUGACCCGGGAGCUGGGCAGCCACACCGCUGCCUUUCAGCAGCGCUUCGAGGAGACCUUUGGGCUGUCCCGCAAGGGCUACUCGGAGCAGGAGCAGCACUUUGCCCGAGCCCUCCUCAGCAACAUGCUGGGCGGCCUGGGCUACUUCCACGGGCGCUCGCUGGUGCAGUCUCCCCACACGGAGCUGCCGCAGCCCUACCCGGAGGGCCCCCUCUUCACCGCCGUCCCUUCCCGCUCCUUCUUCCCCCGCGGCUUCCUGUGGGACGAAGGCUUCCACCAGCUCCUGCUGGGCCGUUGGGACCCAGCCCUGGGCCGGGAGGUGCUGGCCCACUGGCUCGACCUCAUGAACGCCGACGGCUGGAUCCCGCGGGAGCAGAUCCUGGACGACGAGGCCCGCAGCAAGGUGCCCCCCGCCUUUGUGGUGCAGCACAGCAGUGCCGGCAACCCCCCCACCCUCUUCCUGGCCCUCCGCCAGCUGCUGGCCCAGGGCGCAGCCCAGACCGACUACCUGCGGCGCCUCUUCCCUCGCUUGCAGAGCUGGUACGCCUGGUACAACCGCACGCAGGCUGGGCCGCUGCCCUCCACCUUCCGCUGGCGCGGGCGGGACCAGGACACCCAGCUCUUCCUCAACCCCAAGACCCUCACCUCCGGGCUGGACGACUACCCCCGCGCCUCCCACCCCUCCCCGGACGAGCGCCACCUGGACCUGCGCUGCUGGAUGGCGGUGGCCUCCGCCGUCAUGGCUGAGGUGGCCACGCGCCUGGGGGAGCCCGCGGGGGACUACCGGCACAUGGCCGAGGUGCUGAGCAACAACCAGCUGCUGGACCAGCUCCACUGGGCGGAGGCGCUGGGCACCUUUGCCGAUUACGGCAACCACACUCUGGCCGUGGCGCUGGAGCGUGAGCGGCCCCGCCCCCCUCCCCCGGGCCAGCCCCUCCCCACCCCACGCCUGCUGCGGGUGGUCCGCAAACCUCCCAGGCUGCAGUUUGUGGGGGGCGCCCUGGGCUACGUGAGCCUUUUCCCACUGCUGUUGCAGCUGCUGCGCCCGGAUUCGCCCCGGCUGGGCUCCCUCCUGGCAGACAUACGCAGCGAGAAGCUGUGGACGCCCUUUGGCUUGCGCUCUCUGUCGCGCACCAGCCCCUUCUACCUCCAGCACAACACGGAGCACGAUGCCCCCUACUGGCGGGGGCCCAUCUGGAUCAACAUCAACUACCUGGCCGUGCGGGCGCUGCACCACUACAGCCGCCUGGAGGGGCCCUACCGCCAGCAAGCGGCCGCCCUGUACCAGGAGCUGCGAGCCAACCUCAUCGGCAACGUCUUCCGGCAGUAUGUGGAGAGUGGCUACAGCUGGGAGCAGUAUCACGACGGCACGGGCAGGGGCCAGGGCUGCCACCCAUUCACAGGCUGGUCUGCCUUGGUGGUGCUCAUGAUGGCCGAGGAAUAUUAGCCACCGAGGGGCUGGUGGCAAGACCCUUGCCUCAGCUGGCCAGCCCCGUUGGGCACACUGCCCCUCUGGGCUCCGUGCAGGGCCUUGCCUUCCCCGCCACCGAACCCCAGGGCAUUUUUCUUUAUUUUUUUAAUGAAAUAAAGCUGUGAAGCUAGAA